UAAAGGUCCCAUCCUUCCUUGUCCAGACUUCGGAAAUGCCACUAUAUACCACCGAACACCAUGGCAGACCCCGAACCCUCCCCCGACCCCUCUGCGCCCGCCGCCGUGGCCGAGUUUGAAAACCACGGUGAGGGGAACCCGGUGAGCCCUGCGGGGACAUCACCGCCGGUAUCGUCGAUAAACAGUGCUCGACGCCAGCUGCUGGCAGCUCUUCAAACAACUGAUGGCACUGUCGACCGCUUGGACAGGCUCAUGGCCACAGCUGCCGGUCAAGAACGAGUCCUCGCAGUAACCGGCUACCUUGCGCAUACGCUUCAUCACAUCCUCUCCUCUGCACCAUGGAUAGCCUUUCAAACCCGACUAAGCCUUCUCGCUCGGCUUCGAAACCACUCCAAAUCCCCCAGCCCUAAGCCUACAUCCUCAUCAGCGUCGCAAAAACCGCGACUCCUCGCCCUCUCCUCCCUCAUGUCUGAGACUCGCUUCACUCUACGACUGCUCGGUCUCGUCCCACUAUGGACUUGGGGUUCCCAUACAAUCAAAUCCCCGCCCGCCGACCGCAUCCUCUACAUCCUCACCCUCCUCCAAGUCUUCGUGAACGUCAUCUACCAGGCCCUCGAGAACGUCGGCUAUCUUGCGUCGAAGGGCAUAGUUUCGAAACGGUUCGUCGACCGAUGGGGCGGUAUCGAUAAGUGGUAUAUUUGGAGUACACGGGCGUGGUUCGGACACAUUUUCUUCCAGUUCUUCGUCCUAUGGAGAGGGACGGUGCUGCGGAAAAGGAAAAUGGCUACUGCAGAUAGCAAGGAGAAACAGGAUGCAUUGAAGGCGGAGAUUCGGUCCUGGAGAAAGAGUCUUAUGAACAACGUAUGCUGGGCUCCGUUGUGUCUGCAUUGGUGUUUCGAGAAAGGCAUCGGGUUCCCUGAGCAUUUGACCGGGUUUGUCAGUUUCCUGGCUGGUGCUUGGGAAUUCUGUGACUCUUGGGCUGCGACGGGAUCGUCGUGAUAUGGUUAGAUUGAGGACGGCUUGGUUUUGUAUUUCAUUUGAGCGUUUAUAUCCCGGUUUUGUCUGGUGGGG